ACCGCCAUGUGCCGCGCGAGAAUGUCUUGAGGGCGCGCGCGGCGUUUUGCCCGCCUUUUUCUGCGCUCUCCUCGUGGGCGGAGAGGGAAAAAUGCUGCGCCCCGCCGGUUUCUUCAGGCGCUUCUACUGUCCCUUUGACACCCGCGGGUGCCGGCGACCUUACUGCCAGUACAGUCACAUAUCCAGGGGCUGGAGGGGGCCGCCCACCGCCCAGCAGCAGCCCUUGAGUGGCUCCCCUUCGCCGAGGCUGGGUGACAAGAUGCAAGAGCUAAAAAGGAUCAAUGAAACCAUUCAGUCAUUUAAGACUGAAGUUGAAGAAGGAGAAAAGAAGCUCUUGUAUGAUAACUUGGUGCAAGCUGACUGUAAACAGUCUUUGGCACCUGCAAUAAAUGACCCUACAGGAAAUAUUUCUUCGUUUGAUCAAGGUCAAAUUAGGAGUGCUUCUACAAAAGAUAAAGUUCAUGCCAUUUCAACCUCAAAGGACUCUUGCCAAUCCAAUAAAUAUAUUAUUGACUGUAGUUGUCUGGUCACUGAUCUUGAGUAUGACCCAUUGCUUAAUUAUUCUGCUGGUCUGCUUAGGUCUUCCAUGGAAGAAGAGGAUAGAAAUGACAGGCAAAAAGUAAAAAUGUUCCCUGGGGGAAAUUUGCAAGAAUCAGCAAAGUUGCCAUGUGAAAAGAGAUAUGGAUUUCCAAGUAAGAGAUCAAGAGGUUCUUCUCCAGUAAAACUUGAAAAAAAACUGCAGCAAUCAGAUGGUAAUACGCUUGUAAUAGAUACUAUGCCAGUAAGAAUGUCAAAGAAACCAAGAAUAAGUAAGUCCUGCAAAAAAUGGAAGAAGGAAGAAUGUGAAUUGAGUUUUAAAAGUACUGCAGAAGCUCAGAAAAGCUCAGAGAAAUCAAAGUCUUCAUAUAUAGAGCGAAGGAGAGCAGAAGGUAGCACAGUUGCUCUCUAUAUUAACAAAAAUGAUAAAAAAGAAACUGAAAUAAAAUCUGUAACAAACGAAAACUCUUACAUUCCAAAUGUAAAAGUGACCACUUUGAAUGAAGAAUGUAAUCCCAAUGAUCAAAGAAAACAUCAUAUUUGGAGGGAACGUAAUAUAUUGUCACACUCUCAGAUGAAGGAUGAAAUUGCCAGAGAAACUUUUAAGCAGGAUUCUGUGAACAUCUCUGUGAACAAUGAAACAAAUAAUAUGAAGGAGCAGAUGAGCAACUGGAAAACUUUGCUGAACAAAACCCACGCUAAAACAUGUUGUGAAGACAGCUCAAAGGAUAGAUUUGUACUGUUGCAAGACAUUUCCAAAAAAUCACCUGAUCACUUAGGGAGCAUGCAGCUGUAUAAAAAAAAUGAAGUGCAAAAUAACGUGCAGAGCAGUCCUGUGGAUUUGGAUGAAAAAAAAUCUUUUUAUGAAGAUGCCUUAUCUGAAAGCUGUGAUAAAAAGCAUGAUGAUGAAAGCGUCUAUAUAAAUGUCAAAAAUGAGGAGGUAAUUGUAAUUGACUCUUCAGAAGAAGACAAUUCUGAGGAAGGUGCAGAACAUUCUGAUGAUACUGUGGAACAAUGUCGAAAAUUUUUUAAUGAGUUUGUUGAACGUGAAGCACAAAAAGACAAACUAACAAAGCAGGCAUUUGCAGUGCAAAUAGAAGCAAACUCUGUUUCAAAGACAAAUAUGCUUCUUGGACAGAAGAGAAGAAUUGCACACACUGCAAAAUUUGAUGUUAAUGCCACCAAAGAAAUAAUUGUACCUUUUAAGGCACCUCUUCCACAACAGACUUACCAUUCCAGAAUCCUGCAAGCGCAACAGCAGGCAGUGGAAAUAAUGGCUGCUGUUAAAAGUGGUCAAGCUUUUGUUGCUGCGACUUGCAGCUCGAAGAAAAGUGCAACAGUAACACCAACUACUCGGAUUCAAAACAUGGAACCCAUGGUUCGUUUAAAUGUGUUCAAAGAUCAGCCAGUUGGAACAAGCAGCAGUCACAUGAAUGUACUACAUCCUGGAAGUACAUUGGCAGCAGUGCCAUGUAGGCUUUCCAAUAAUUCAGUCAGAAGAAUUGCUUCAGUGCCAUUUAAGGUGUCAAGUCGGAAAAGGUCUUCUGUUGUUCCAGAACUUGGAUCUAAAGUACCACAUGACAUAAGGCAACGAUAUAUCAAUUUUUUUGUGGAAGAAUUCUUUAAAGUUUCUGCAACUGUAAAUGAAGCUUUCAAAAAGGCAUUGGCAGAAGAAAAGGCAAUAUAUGACCGCUGUGGUGGUAAAAAUAUGUAUUUGAACAUAGCUGUGAAAACACUUAAAAAACUGAGGGAUCAUGGCAGAGUGUCAUCAGAUGGUAAGACUUGUCAGAAUUUGAGUACUGCCACUGGCCUUAGAAAACAAGAAGAAAAAAAUGAUUUUACAGGAAUUGCUCUCUACAGACUUCUAAAAGACUAUGCUCUAACUGAAGAACAAAUGAAGGAAAAUGGCUAUCCCGAACCAAAUCCUAAGAAACCUGGUAGUGCUAUGUUAUGCCCUGGCAGUACUAAACCACCUGUAUAUGACUCUUCUAGAAGAGUGUGUUGUAGAUGUGGAGAAAUGUAUCGUGUGAGUUCAUCAGGGAACCAUGUCCGGAAAGAAGAAUGUAACUACCAUUCUGGUAGAAUAUUGAGGCAUAAAGGUGGUUGGGAAUCACGGUAUAGCUGUUGUGAGGGAGUAGUUGGGUCUCUUGGGUGCCAAGUUGCAAAGCUACAUGUUCAUGAUAGAAGAAAGGAAAAUAUAGAUGGAUUUGUGAAGACUUUCAUCAAGCCACCUCCACUUGAUGGAAAUCAUGGUGUAUUUGCAGUAGACUGUGAAAUGUGUUACACAACACGUGGUCUGGAACUCUCCAGAGUGUCGGUAGUUGAUCCUUCUCUUCAGGUUGUCUAUGAUAAAGUUGUGAAACCCGAUAAUGAAAUCAUAGAUUAUAACAGUAGAUUUUCUGGAGUAACAGCAGAGGACAUGAAGAAUACUGCAAUAUCAGUUAAAGAUGUUCAGGCAGUAUUGCUAAACUUGUUCAGUGCAGACACAAUUUUAAUUGGUCAUGGUUUAGGGAAUGGUUUAUUUGCUCUUAAGCUGUUUCACAGUAAUAUCGUGGAUACAUCUGUGGUUUUUCCUCAUCGUCUAGGUUUCCCUCAUAAACGAGCAUUUAGAACUCUAAUAGCUGAUUAUCUCAGAAGAAUCAUUCAGGAUGAUGUGGGUGGACAUGAUUCUAGUGAAGAUGCAGCUGCUUGUAUGGAGUUGAUGCUUUGGAAAGUGAGAGAAGACAAUAAAGGUAGAAGAUGAUUUCUCUAAACAUCUAUCAGAAUGCAGCUUUUCUUCAUCAUUAGCAAAAGAUGACUACCAUUAAAACAUCUUCAAGAAAUUUUAUGCCACUGUAAUUAUAUCUAUUCAGAGAAGAACUGUGCUAAGUAUAUAUUUUCUUAGGCUGUGCAGGAAGAUUCAGUUAAACUCCUUAUUUAAAUUAUGAUUACAAGAGCUUUCAAAAAUCCCAACAUAAACAGUGAAAAAAUUCUGAUAUUUAUUGGAAAGAGCACUGUAUUUUAUUUUUUAUGAAACGUGCAUUUCCUUCAUGCAAAUAUUCGGUCUGUCUUGCUUUUCAGCUGUCUGCCAAAGUAAAAGCUCAUAGCCUAUUUCCAGCUUUCUUAGGGACAAACAAAUGGUAAAAAAUUAUGUUAUUCUUGCAUUUAUUUACUGGAUCUUUCUAGAAGGUAUGCAGAUAAAGUUAAAAAUGCAUAUUUUGUAUAAUUUUGAAAUAGUGUGGUAGAAAAAUAUGAUUUUGUGUAUUGAACUGCACUUAGUUAAUAUCAGCAA